UACAUCAUGUAUGUCAUCUUGCAUUGUAGCAGAGACGACCUAUUUUUUAAGUUUAUUCUAAGAAAGAAUUGAUUUAGUUGUUAAAUAGUUCCCCAUAAUCGUACUAUUUGUAAUAAACACAUGGAGGAAGCUAAACAUUCGUUUAUAUUCGCAUUUGAAGCAUAACAAUGUUUAAAAAGCUUAAAGACAAGUUAGCUGAGGAAGUAAAGUCUUCACCUCAACGUAUCCAACAAUUUGCCCAAGCUGCGCAGGCCGCUGUUACAUCAGCAUCAAGCAGUAUAUCUGAUAUCACUAAUAAUGACCUAUUUUCUAUCGGAGAUAAUGAUAGUCAACAGUCACGUGCUCCCACAAGAACACCCACGUCAAGUCAAAAUACAUUCCAAGAGGUACCUCUUUUUCAGCCAUCAGGCUCACAAACUGUUACUGAGGACUUUGGCACCCGUGACAUAAUGGAUAAUCAAAAACAAAGGAGACUUUCAAACAGUUCUUUUGCAAGUGAUGUGUCAUUCAGACUCCCAAGUUAUGAGAGCCCUUCAGUGUAUCAUUUGCAGUCGGACAUGGAGAUAUCUGCAAGUGAAGCAGAAGAAAGAAGUUUCGCUGGUGGACAAGUUAGCCUGGAACGCGUUACAAAAGAUCAACUUUACGCCGCAUACAGACGCACUCAAGAACGAUACACCAAAUACAGGACACAAUAUGCAAACCUUGCACACCAUUACAAGCUCUUGGAGAGAGAGAAUGCAAAAGCGCGGAGUGUACUUGUGGAAACGCAAGACAAAGCUUUGAGGCGAAUAUCUGAAUUACGGGAACAAUGUAACCUGGAACAAAGUGCAAAGGCACAUCUAGAAAAAGCUCUUCGUGUUGAUAUAGAAGAGAGAAAUAUGAAAAUAGAAGCUUUAAAUACACAGAUUGCACUUUUACAGAGCAACACAGAUGUACCCAAUCAAGAAAACAAAGAAAUUAAUGCAAAUCCGGAUUUAAACGAAAAUGAACAAAUUGCACAACUAAUUAAUUUAGCUCCUGAUGGUGAUGUCAAACAAGUUUGUGAGCAGGAACCCAGUGCAGAAUUUAUCACAUUAAAGAAUAAAGUUGAUAAAAUGGAACAAUUAACAAACAAAUAUAAGGAGUCACUUAAAGCGACUAAGGAAAAGAAUGCACAACUAACAAUGGAACUUCAGAAAGUGGCUAAUGAACUCGCAAAUAAAAAUCAAGAAAUCGAUAUACUUAAAAUAACAUCAGCACAAUUUACAGAAGCUAAACAACGAAUUCAUGAACUUAAUAUAACUAAUGAAGAAUUACAAAAUAAAAUUAAUACCUAUGAUUUUAGUAAAACAAAGGAGACAUCUUCUUUAGAACUUGAACUGCAAAGCGCAAAAGAUGAAAUUAUUGAGUUAAAUAAUAAAAUUGACAUUUUAACAAAAAGAGAAGAAGAAAAUGCUAUAUCAUUAGCAGAAAACAAAUUAAGUAUCCACAAAGAAUUAGAAAGUAAAGAAUCUGAAAUAAAAAAGCUGAAGGAUCAUUUAACUGCUGCUAACAAAGAAAUUCAGUCUAUUAAUAUUAUAGUUAGUGACUAUAAAAAUAAUAUAGCUUUAUUAGAGGAAGAGAAAACUAAUUUAACCAACGAUAUCAAAGAACUCUUCACUGCUAAAAACAAAAUAAAAGAACUUGAAACGCAAAUACAAAUGCUAACGCAAAGAUCCCAAUCUUUAGAGCAGUCUAAAGUGAAAUAUGAUGAAGAAUAUAAUUUCUUACAGCUGCAAAUGAAACAAGAAACUGCAGAAAAAUUAGCGAUGAUUGAUAGAAAUGAAUAUCUACAAAAUAGGAAUGCUCAACUGACUGAUGAAAAUACCAGAAAAAGUGCAGAGAUAAAUAAAUUAGAAAAUGAACUGCAACUUUUCAAAGAAAACAAAUAUAUGGAUCAUACUGAAAUAACUGAAAAAAUGCAACUGCGAGAUGAGUUAAACAUUUGGAAAACUAAGUAUAGUAAUUUGGAAUCUGAAAUUCAAGAAGAACGUGACGAGCUUGUUAAAUUACAAUCUGAAAUAGAAAAACUUCUUAGAAAUCAUGAACUGAUUCAAAAUCAAAAUUCCGAACUAAGUGCUAAUUUAGUGGAACUGAAAUCCGAAAACUUAAUUUUAAACGAAAAGCUUACCUCAAUUAAUCCUAUGUUGUUCAAAAUGUUCAAUGAAGUCAAAGAAUUACAAAAAUCAGUUUGUCAAGCUUCUUCAGAAUCAAAAUCAUUCAAGGCAGAAAUGUAUGAUAAAGCUUUGCCAGAAUUACUUGAAAAAAUACACCUCAUAGUUAAAUUUCCUGAGUCCUAUGAAAUAGUUCAUUUUAAAAAUCAAAAUCUCAUCAAAGAGAACAAUUUAUUGAAAUUUCAGUUGGAGGAAAUCUCAAAAAAGCAGGGAGAUACAAACAAAAAACUACAACUGCUGCAAACAGAGAAUGCAGCUUUAACAUUACAAAUUCAAGAAUAUAAUGAACUUCAACUAAAUUAUGGAAAUUCUCAAAAUGAAUUAAAAGAGAAUGCAAUAAAACAAGAAUCUAUAAUGAAAGAAUUGAAAAUGUUACGUGAAAAGAAUGCGAAUUUAAGUAGCCAUAUACAAGAGUAUGAAACUUUGCAAAACAAGUAUGUAACGUUAGAAAAACAGCUAAAACAAUUUGAAAUAAAACAAGAAGAAUCAGAAUAUGAAAUAAGCUCUAUAAAAGAAGAAAAUGAAAAGUUAAAAUACUGCUUACAAGAUCUUGACGCACUACAGAUAAAAUACAAAAAUUUACAUACAGAACUAAACGAAGUUACAGGUAGCCAUGACUCAUCUGUUAAAGAGUUACAGUUUAUAAAAAAUGAAAAUGAUGUCUUAAAUUCUAAGUUAGAAGAAUACGGAAAAUUAAAAGAAGAUCAUGGGAAAAAAGAUGAAACAUUGAAUAUUAUAACAAGGGAAUACGAAGAAAUGAAAACGGAAUAUGAAGAAAUAAAAACGCAAUUUAAUUCGGCCCAAGAACAAAAUAAAUACUUGGAAGCACAACUUAUAAAAUAUCAAUCUGAAAAAGAAAGUGCAGCUCGAAAGUUAAAUGAAACAGAAAAAAUAGCACACAAAAUACGCCAAGAGUGUACAGAAAAAGAUCUAGAAAUUGAAAAUUUGGAAAAAAAGGUGGAAGCCAUUAUUCAAGAAAAUAUAUCCCUUAAGAGUCAGUCUGAGGAUAUUAAAAUGAAUGCUAUUUGUCUUGAAUCUGAAAUUGAAGAGGUUCGCAGAGUACACUCUAUAAUGGAAUCAGAAAAGAACCGCUUAAAUCAAAUCAUAGAGAAAUUGGAAAUGAAUCAACUAUCAACAAAAUUAGAAAACAAAGAAACACAAUUAGACGAAAGUCUUAAAACAUCUCAAAACGACAUUCAGUUAUUAUUACACGACAUUGAAUCACUAAAUAUUAAGAAUGUUGAAUGUCAAAACGAAAUUAAAUCUUUAAAAGACAUAAACAGUAAGCUAUCUAAUAAAAUUUUAAAUCUAAAAGUUGAAGAUACAAGUGGCAAAACUGAUACAGAUAUUGCAAAUGAACAAGCUGUUAUAAAAGAAUGCGAGGUGUUGAGAGAUGAAAAUCGACGUUUGAAAUUAGAUAUUGAAGGUCUUCAAAUAUAUUUAACCAAAAUUUCAAAGGAAAAUAGUACGCUAAAUGACAGAUUGAGAGAAGUUAUAGCUUCAAGUGACAGCACACUAGAUAAAAAUGAACUUGAUGUCUCAAAUACAACUGAAUCAAGAAAAGAAAUCAAUUCGGAAAAACAAACAAUAGACGAUUUAUUAAGAGAAAACUCUUUAUUAAUAGAAGAAAACUUAGAGUUGAAAGACCAAAUACAGUCACAAAAUUAUGUUAAAACAGAAACUGUUAUGUCUAGUUUGAACAACAAUGAUUCAGAAUCGGCUAAUAUAAAACAGAAAUAUGAUGAACUGCUUCUUGCAAACAAAAAUCUAGAAGAUCGAGUCCGUGAUUUAGAACAAAUAAAUAGAUCAGUCAAUGGAAAUGUCCAACAUAUGCAAGACGGAAAUCAAAAAUUAAGAUUAGCAAAUGAAAAACUAGAAAGAAGAUUAGACGAAGCUCUAGUCAGCUUGAGACAUUUGCAUUCUUUACAGGAAAAUACAGAGUUAGAAUAUUUAAGAAACAUUCUUUAUGAAUACUUAACAGGAUCUGGCACACAUUCCGUUACCUUAGCCAAAGUUUUAGCAGCUGUAGUUAAAUUUGAUGAAAAGCAAACGCAAGUGGUGCUACAAAAGGAAAAAGAACGUCAAGGAGUUUUACAUCAAUUUGGUCUUAUGUGAUAUCUAGCUACUUGAAGAGUAGUAAAAGAUACUUUGAAAAGGGAAGAUGGCUGUAAAUAAGUAACAUAAAUCUAAUUUUAUUUAUAUUAAUAUUAAUAAUUGGCAUUAUGAUUUAUCAAGUUGAAAAUGACGCAAGUUCUGGUCUUGUUCUCAUUUAUGUAAUUAAAAUAAAAAGAUAAAUAUGUAACUGAAACCCUGUCUGAUCUACGGAAGUCGUGCAUAUAAUAUACUCGUAUAUAGGUAUCCAGAAUAAUUUAGCUGCAAUAGUUAUUUUUUUCAAUUCCAUUGUAAAGUUAAUGUAUGAAACGGAAUACUGGUAGUAGUAAAACAGUUUUUUUUAGUUUUAUACGUGUCAUGUAACAAUUCAAUUAUCUACUAAGAAUACUGUAAAAAAAAAACAGAGCACUAACUGGAAGAUCCUAAUGUGAAUUAAAGAUACUGUGUAUUAACUAGUUUGGGCGAUAUGAGUAAACUUAUAAACGCAUAAACAAACUGAGAUAAAAACUGUCCAUAGACACUAUCGAAAUUGUUAAAUGGGCGUCCCGGCUUAGUGCUACCCCCAGAAAGAAAAAUCCUACAGAAACGACAUUUUCAUUAAAUCGAAAGCGGAUAGUAUAAUCUAGUGAAAAACAGUGUUUAAAAUCAGAGAUAUGUCUGCCUUACUAAAAUAACUCUACUUUGACUAGACUAAAUAUAAUAUUAACAUUUCCGUGGGAGCGAAGCCGCGUAAGUAUAAAGCCAUUAUUGGAAGGGAUAGUAUAUUCAUAGAAUUAGGACUUAGUUUCCUACAAAAGAAUCACAAAUUUAUAGUCGCCUUUAACGACAUCCAUGGAGUGGUCCUGUUUUUUUUGUUUUGGUGCCGGGAACCACGCGGCUCUUUGUUUCAGUAUUGUUGAGAAUUUUAGUUUUAUAGAGGAGCAUUGAGCUAUGCUUACAAUUUUAGUGUAAGUACAUAAUGCUUUAAUUAAAUUAUUGUUUUUUUAUGGGGUAAUGUGUAUAAAAUGAACAAGUAUGAAAAUUUAUCCAAAAUUUCAUAAGUUUUAUCAAUGAUAAGGUGAUUUGUUAAAUCGAGUAAUUGAUGUAAAUAUGUAUGUAUAAUUAUUAUUAAAUUGUAAUUAUGUAUUUGAA